AUGAAUAAAACUCAAGCAUUUCAAUGUCUUGGCAAAGAAGAUCCAUUACCUGAUUUAGUUCAACGAACAAAUAAAUAUUUAUUAGAAUUACGAUUAGCCAAAUGGAUUACUCAAAAACAAUACGAAAAAUUGUGUAUUAAUCCAAAUGAAGUUGAACUUGCUCAUUUAUAUUAUUUACCUAAGGCGCAUAAACCUGGUACCCCUCUUCGUCCAAUAGUCUCUGGUCUUAAGCAUCCAACAAUAAAAAUUUCAAAAUUUCUUGAUGAAUUACUUCGACCUUUAUUUGAUAAGAUGGCUGCAAAAACAACUGUAAAUUCUGGCUUUGAAUUAGUCAAACAAUUGCAACAACCCAGUGGUCUUAAAAUUGAAACAAUAAUUAGAUUGAGUCGAUUUGUAAUGAAAAAUAUUUAUUUUUCUUACGAUGGCCAGUUUUAUCAUCAAAUUCGUGGAGGAGCAAUGGGGUCUCCUCUUACACUAACGGUUGCUAAUUGUUAUAUGUUCUUUUAUGAACAACAAAUUAUAAAACAAAUCAACAAUAGUGGUGGAUUAUAUUUUAGAUAUAUUGAUGAUAUUUUUAUAGCAAUCAAUUGGCCUGUUCGGCAUUUAUUUAAACAAAUUGAUAAAUGGAAUCAUUUCGACGAAAAUAUUAAAUUAUCUGAAAAUAUAGGUUCAGCAGUUGAUUUUCUCGAUUUACAUAUAGAGAGCCAAGAUGGUCAAUUGUUUACUACAGUAUAUGUAAAGCCAUCUUAUGAGCCAUAUUAUUUGCCAUUCAAUAGUAUUCAUCCGUUACAUAUGAAGAAAAAUAUCAUUUUUACUAUGUUAUUGCGUACAAUUAGAUAUUGCUCAACCUUUCAAGCAUAUCUAAAUGAACGUGAACAGUUACGAAUAGGAUUAUUAUUAAAUAAAUAUCCAAAUAAAUUUAUUAAUGAACAAUUUCAAUAUAUAUUAUUAAAAUUCAAUAUUGAUCAGUUUCUAACAGUAAAUAAUUAUAAUAAUUAUCGUCAAAAAGUUACAGACUCUCCAAUAAAAGAAAAAGUACUAAUUGAUUAUGAAAAGACAAUGUUUGUACAUUUUACAUAUUGUUCAAAUAUGAAAACAUUUCCAGGUAAAUUCCAUACACUAUGGAAUAAAUAUUUUGGUGAGUCUCGAAUUAAUGAAGUUAUACCUAUUCUUGGUACACCCAAUGUUAACAACCUCCAGAGGCGGUCUUCGAAAUGUCCAACUCCAUCGUAA